AUGAACGGCCCGACGCCGACAUCCAAGCAGUGCUUCCUGAGCGAGCCGUGCCACAUCGCCGCCAGCGGCGUCGGCCUGGGCCAGUUCAGCGCGGUGCUCAUCGUGGCAGAGUCCGAUUCCUGCGGGGAGGCGGGGGCGACUGUCAUCAGCUGGAGCGGCAUUGACAACCCGAGUGCGACGCUCGGUGCCCUGACGUACUACGACGCAGGGAUGGGCUCCUCCGGCAGCCCAGGAAGCCACAAGGUCUGCUGGGGCGCGAGCCCGGGCGGGCUGGGCAGCGAGGCCUACAACGUGCUGAUCGGAGAUGUUCACGAUGAAUGGCCCCUACCAGGGCGUGUACCUCACCUGCAUGCUGGAGGGCAGCCCUGCAACCUCGAGAUCGGCGGUGUCGGGCUGAGCGGCACGAACUCGCUCCAGCUCGUGUCGGACAGCUGCGGCUCUGGCGCCACGCAGGUCACCAUGGAGGGCAUCACCAAUCCUAGGCCUGUGACCGACGACGCCACGGACACUCUCUACGCGAUGGGGCUGGUGACGAGCGGCGGCAGCUACGGGCCGUGCAGGUCACCUUCGCCUCCAGCGGAGUGCAUCGGCGCAACCUACAUUGUGUGCUGGUCGCAUGGCGUUACGCUGGAGAAUAAUGCGGUGAAUCACCUGGUCGACAUCGGCACUUUUGCAAUCAGCGGCCCCUACGGAGACUAUUCGGUCGAGUGUUUCAUUGGGCAGAUCUGCGCCUUCUCUCUCUAUGGUGCGGAGCUGGGUUCGAGCAACCAGGUGCGCGUGAUCGAGAGCCAGUAUUCUUGCGGCGACGCGUCAGCAGGUGCUGUCAAGCUGCCUGGCCUGCGGAACCCGAUGAGGGCAUCGGACGUCCUGGGCACCAGCGCAACGUUCCGCCUCGGCACAUCAGGGAAGCUUCGUCGCCUCAGGCUGUGCUGGGGCGGCAGCCCGCGGGUCGCCGCGCACUACAACGUGGAGAUCGGCCCCUUCCGCGUUCGGGAGACGCCCCACGGCUGCGAGCGGGGCGCCGCCACCGCUCGGGCGCCCGCGGGGGCGCCCGCCGAGCGGGCCCCUCGGCUCCGGGCCAUGCCCUCCGCCGUGCGGCCGGCGCGGUGCCCCAGGAGGCCGCCCGCCGCGCUGGAGCUGGACGAGCAUCGCCACAUUGCCCGGACCACCGUGGCCCUCCUCGCCCUCGUGGGCCGCUGGUGCGCAGGGGCCUCGGGGCGCUCGAAGAGCUCGGUCCGCAGAAAAGUGCUCGGCGAAGAGCCUCGGUCCAAGAGCUUCGACGUCCAGUACCUCGAAGGGAGCCGGGCGCAGCAGCCAGAGGUCCUGCAGCAAGAAGUCAAGACACUGACGAAGGAUCUGCAGCGGAGCAUGGUGGCCUCGUUCGAGCAGGAGGUCUGGGAGGAGUGCGAGGUGCCACACCCCCUGGCGGAGCAGCGGCGGCGGGAGGCGCGGCGGCGGGAGGCGCGGCGGAGGGAGGCGCGGGCGGAGCAGGAGGUCCUGCGCAGGCUCUCGGAGGCACAGGGGUGGGGCUCGGAGAAGAUCAGCACGUCCGCGGGCAUCAGUACAGACACAGAGGCCCUCUUGGAAGGGCGCGCUUUCAUGGAAAUGGCCCACUCUGGGCGGCUCACGUUGCUCGACGUCGAGGAAAUCCGAGACGUCUUCGAGAAGCAUUGCCCUAGCGGCCGCCUGAAGCUCCAUGAAGAUACCAGUGCGUUCAGCGGGAUGUGCCAGCAGCUUUACGUCAACGCGACGACGAACGAGAUGAGGCACAUCCUCCACAUCCUCGGGACGGUUCACAAGAAGCGAAUCAAUCGCGACGAAGGUUCGCAGAAAGCUUACGGAGAGGACGCGAACAUGUACACGCUGUCCGACUUUGUCAUUGCAUUCGGAAAGUGGCUCAGCCACCAGCAGACGACGGACAAUCUGAAACGUUGCACCCUGACCACCUUCAAGCUCACAGCUGUCGAGAGUUUCACGCGGGACCUCAACGCAGCCUCCCCAGACGAGACCAAGCGCAUGAUUAAUGAGCUCUGCAAGGAGAUACCCGAACGCAGGGACUUCCUGACAAUCAACACCCUACAGGCGGAGAGUCUGCUGAAGCUGCACUUAUCACUGACGGGCAGCGCAGGAGUGCGUUCGGAUUCGGAUUCGGACUCCAGCCCGGAGAGACCUUCGCACCAGGGUUCUCAGUCCACGUCGAUCUCCCCAAGCGUCCGUCGGAAUAUGGGUUGCUUCGUGCAGCUGCGGGACAUGUGGCGGCGCGGGCAGUCCCACCGGGAGGAGAUGCCAGAGGUGAGAUCGAGGCGGAGGAGGCCGAGGGCGCCUCGGCAGCGAGCGCCGCCGAGGCCCCGCGCGACCCCGUCGCCGCCGCGCAGCACGACGACCCGGCCAGGGCCGAGCCGGCCCCGCGGCGCCCCGCAGGCCCGCGGUGCGACCCGCGCGCGGCGGACAGCGUGUCGGAAGCUGGCCCGGGGGAGGACAGCGACGGCGACGGCCUGUCGGGUGGGGGCUCCCCCGUCUCCCUCUCGAGCGCGCCCGGCAGCGGCGAGUCGGGCUGAGGCCGCCUGGCGAGCGCGAGAGGGCGCCAGCACCGCCGCGGCAGAGGCGCCGCGCUGCUCCGGUCGCCUGGCACGGUGCGGCUCGCAUGGAGCCGGCGUGCCCCGUGGCAGCGUCGCCGGCCGCGCUUGCACGUCCAGGGCGAAGCCCUCGGACAAGGCGCGUUGA